AUGCUCUCAUCAGCGACGCAUCGGGUGCGGACAGGCUUUGGCGAUUCAGAACGGACUUUCAAGCCGCCUUCUGUUAUCCCCUUCCAAGGCUGUGGUCAGGGUAAUGGGGCAGGACCCCCUAUAUGGAUCUCCGUGAGCUCCGUUCUCAUUACCAUGAUGGAAGCGAUGGGUUACGGCUUUGAGUGCCACUCAGCGCUGGAGUCACAGUUGGUCACAGCCCAAUGCUUCUGCUUUGUCGACGACACCGACGUCAUUGAGGCUGACAAUACAGUCCAUCACUCGGGCGAAGCCAUAUGUGCAUCGGUGCAGGACGCCGCCACUCUGUGGGCUGGGGGAAUCCGAGCCACUGGAGGUGCGAUCAACCCCGAGAAGUCCUUUUGGUGGCUCAUCGAUUUUGAGUGGGACUCCCGCACAGGCAAAUGGAAAUUUUGUGGCAAAAAAGCAGUCGCUCCCGACUUUGAACUCCAAAUUCAAGGUCUUUCAGGUGCUACUGAAUCCUUGCGUCGCCUUGAACCAGAUGACUCGGAACGCACUUUGGGAGUUAUGCUUGCCCCCUUGGAAAACCUUCAGGCUCACAAGGUUCAGAUGGUUGCUAAAGCCAAGGAUUGGGCAGAACAGCUUCGACCCCGCCUGCUUCACAAAUAUGAUGUUCUCCCCCCCCUCAUCCGGUUGACCAUCAUGAAGAAAUUGGAGUAUCCGAUGGCGCUAACAACCCUGGAUGCCCAGCAAUGGACAGACAUUAUGUCUCCGGUACUUCAAGUGUGCCUUCCGAAGGCGGGUGUCUGUCGUAAUUUCCCUGGGGAUGUCGUAUUUGCUCCGUUGUCCUAUCAGGGUCUUGGACUUCCACAUCCGUUUGGUUGUCAAGUGUUUAAGCAUCUUGAGAUGUUGCUCCGACAUAUGGCCAACAGGACCAAAACUGGUGACUAUAUGGAGGCCAACGUCCAAGCCCAUCAACUUGAAACCGGGAUGUCCUUUGGACUCUUGCAACAAGUCUACACCAACACGGCGAUCCUAGCUUCAGACACGUGGAUGAAACGAGUAUGGCAUGAACUCAAAGGUUUGGACAUCUAUGUCGCCUAUGACUCUCCAGCCCUCUCCCAUCGCCGUACGGACGACUCCCUUCUGAUGGAUCUCUUCAUCAACUUGGAGGUUGAACAGGAGGAACUUUUAUGGCUCAAUUGGUGUCGAAUGUUCCUCCAGGUAUGCACAGUGUCUGACAUUGUGACUGCUGAUGGCAGGUUUAUUCGUCGCUCCGCGUGGAAUGGGCUCAGGGAUGAGUGCUGCCGCUCGCCAUACCAAUGGCCAAGGACAGUUUGCCCAACAAGGCAACACUGGGACCUGUGGCAGACCACCUUGUCCAGAGCCCUGCUUGCCUCCAACGGGCCACAUCACCCACUACAACAGCCCUUGGGGCCAUGGACUGACCGUCUGGAGGACUGGAAUUGGUUACUGUCACCCACCACAGGCCUUUUCCACCGCCAUGGGGCAACCUGGAAACACUUUUGCUCUGAGGGCUCCCCCACCACGUCACGUCGCUACGCACCAGGGCCGUCCCAUCCUUCCUGCCCAUGGUGGACUGCACCGCUUCCUUCUGAUGUUCUUCGCGCUACGGUUCGCUCCAUCACAGGGUCUGACAGGGUUCUUCUCACCGGUACUGGCCGUGCCUCUGAACCGUCUUCUUCCUCCAGCCCAUCCAUCCUUCAAGCGUGGCAGACGGCCGCCGAGCUCUGCACGGACUAUUACGGGUGGGUUCCUGAUGAGAUCGAGGUUCACGGGGAGGAAGCCACCUUAGCUGAUGCUCUGUUGGAAGGUCGCCUGCGUGUGAUCAGCGAUGGAUCCUUCAAGAACGAGUUGGGGACCGCGGCGGUUCAACUCCUGGUGAAGCAUGGAGGAUGCCAUCGAAUCAUCAUCCAGUGUCAGACCCCCGGUUUGCCCCAGGAUCAGAGUCCAUACUGCAGCGAACUCAUUGGUCUGUUGGCCGGUAUCAUGGCGGUUGAUUGGCUCCUUGAGCAAUGGUUCCCAACCCUUUCGACUGGCCCCACGGUGCAGAUUGCUUGUGAUGGCCUCUCUGCUAUUGAGAUGGCUUUCGAAGAUCGUCCACUGUCUCCGACCGAUGCCCAGUUCGACUUGGUGUCAUCCAUUCGGGAAGCUAUCCUUCGGUCCUCGGUGGAUUGGUCGCCCCAGCAUGUAUACGGACAUCUCGACAAGCUCAACCUCUUUGACGAACUUUCUUGGUGGGAGAAACGGAACCUUGAGGUGGAUGGAAUGGCGGUGAAGUACCGUAAGGAACUUGAGACGGCCAACCAUCUUAUAGCCCCCAACCCUCGUUUCUUCACUGAACUUGCGGCAAUGUACGUGGCAGACACCAAACAGUCACGCCUUGAUCCUCAGUUCAUCCAAGAAAGUGUGACUCUUCCGGCCCUACGCUCGCGCUGGAGGGACAAAGGUACUAUCUCCGCCGAAGCCGAGUCUGAGAUUGCCUGGGACACAAUAGGUCGCGCCAUGCGAUCUCUUCCUGCAGGACUACAAAGGUGGUCUACUAAACAUUGUGUGGGCAUGUGCGGCACAGGCAAAUUUAAAGUUCUAUGGGGUUUGGAGACAUCAGCAGCUUGCCCACGCCGCGGCGACUUCGAGGAUCAUCUGCACGUUCCCCGCUGCCGCGCUGCUUUGGCAACAGCUGAAUGGGAUCGUUGCACUGCAGCCUUCUCCGCGUGGCUAGACCUGCAACUGACGGGCCCUUCCAUCAAAAUAGCGAUCCUACAGCUUCUUCAAGGCGUUCGCACACCUCCUUCAUUUCCUCCAAGGACCAUCUCCUCUUCGGUUCGGCCGGCCUUCUUGGCUCAGCAGGUGAUUGGGUCCCAAGGCCUUUUGGAGGGACGCAUCGCCUCGUCUUGGCUUCCACUCCAACAACAACAUUAUGACGAGAUAAGAUGUCGACGAUCUGUCUCUCUUUGGGCGUCCCGCCUCUCACAACAGCUGAUCUCGAUCGGCUUCUACAUGUGGGAGCAACGGAACUCCGUUCAACAUUUGGAUGAUAACGUUCAAUUACGUGAACGUCACAGUACUGUCAAUGAGGGGAUUCACUCACAGUUUGAUAUGGGGCCCGAUGACUUGCCUAAGGAAAUUCAACCGAUGCUAACAAGCCGUCGACUAGUCCUUCGCAAGUCAUUGGUAGACAAGGAAGAGUGGCUUACGUUGCUUCGUCAGGAACGCAGAGAUUUCCGUCGCUCCAUGAAAGCACAACGCCGCAGUCUGCGGACUAUUUUCUCCCCUGGACCCUGA